GAGAGAAGUUUUGGAAUCCUCGUUGCCUUCAAAGUGUUUGUUAAAAUGCCCCAAUCAGUUUCUUGGCUUACCAGUUCUUACCCUUCAUUGAAUUCCCCAUUCGCUAAAAUUUCGGCGCCUCCCCCUUUCACCUGCCCAUGAAAAUUGCAAAUCGAGAUGCAGAAGGUGGAUAUAAAUUUGGGGUCUCCAUCAUUAACAUUUCCUUUUGGGGAGAUAUUGAAUCAACAACCAAACAGCCCUCCUUUCCCUUUUAAGAAGCUCUUCCGUCGCCUCUCUUCCCUCUCCGCCUGACCCUUCAAUGGAAGUCUCAGCCGAUGAUCGUUUCGAUUUUGGGAAGAUGGGCUAUGGAUGCAAGCAUUAUCGCAGGAGAUGUAAGAUUCGAGCCCCAUGUUGUAAUGAAAUCUACCCCUGUCGCCAUUGCCAUAACGAAGCUACGAGUGUGAUGACCAGACCCUUUGAUCGUCAUGAACUCAACCGUUUCGAUGUUAAACAAGUUGUCUGUGCGGUUUGUGACACGGAGCAGCCAGUUGCUCGAGUUUGCACGAAUUGUGGGGUUAAUAUGGGGGAGUAUUUCUGUGAAAUAUGCAAAUUCUAUGAUGAUGAUGUAAAUAUUAUGAUUCUUAGUUCUUGUUUUUUUAUUCAUUAAGCGUGUGUUUACUUGGA